CUCUCUCUCUCUGUCUCUUUCUCUCUCUGUCUCAUUGCUGCUUCUCUCCACCUCCUCUUCUCCUGCUUCUCACCUCUUCUGCUGACCUUCAUCUGCAUCUGCACGCUCCUCAGCCUUCUUCUCCGCAAAAGCAAGCAAAAAUCAUCCAACACACUUUCCUCCAUUCAAACAUUUAAAGAAACUCCAGCUGCUGACUGUGCCGGCUUGUGAAACCAUGCCACAGCAGUUGUUGCUCCUGUCGGUGGUGUCCGUGUGGCUUUUGGCUGGGUUCUUCCUAGCAGAUGCUACAUACUACAGCCAACACGUGUACAACCUCCGCCACCGCACGUACAGCCACCGUGCCAGCAACAUGGACAACCAGCUGCCCCCCGUGGUACCCACAGAGCCGCCUGUUGAGGUUGUGCCGCCACGUCUGCACAAUUUCAGCCGUAUCUUCUAUGGGAUCAUGUUUGAUGCCGGCAGCACCGGCACUCGCAUCCAUAUCUACAAGUUCAUUCAGAAGGACCCAGCUGGGCUGCCAGUGCUUGACAAUGAAAUGUACCAUGCAGUGAAGCCUGGACUGUCUGCAUAUGCCGAUAAGCCUGAAGUGGGUGGAGACACCAUCAGGCAGCUUCUGAAGGUGGCCAAAAAAACGGUACCCAAGGAGGAGUGGCGGCAGACUCCCGUGGUACUGAAAGCCACUGCUGGCCUGCGGCUGCUGCCCGAGGAGAAAGCCAAAGCCCUGCUGGAUGAGGUCAAAGAAGUUUUUGACGAAUCUCCUUUCUUUGUACCGAACAACAGUGUCUCUAUCAUGAAUGGUACAAAUGAAGGGGUGCUGGCUUGGGUCACAGUGAACUUCUUGACAGGUCACUUGUAUGCUAAAACCAGAAGAACCGUGGGUAUCCUGGAUCUCGGUGGAGGUUCAACUCAAAUCACAUUCCUCCCAAAAUCUAAAAAAACAGUGGUAACUGCUCCUCCUAGCUACAUUGCUCGUAUCGACAUGUUCAACAGCACUUAUGACCUUUACACUCACAGUUACCUUGGAAAUGGACUCAUAGCAGCCCGACUGGCAACUCUUGGCGCACUUGGUGCAGAUGGUCUUGACUGGAAGGUUUUCACAAGUUCUUGUUUACCAAAGAAGUUCAGAGAGGAUUGGACCUUUGGUGGGCUCACUUACAAAGUCAGCGGAAUCCCAGAUGGUUAUGCAGGGUACAAGCUGUGCUAUCAUGAGGUGAUGCGGGUGGUGAAAGGAAUCAUCCACCAGCCCUUUGAAGUGAAGGGAAACAGCGUCUUCUAUGCCUUCUCCUACUACUAUGACAGAGCUGUGGAAUCCGGCCUUAUUGAUGGCUCCCGAGGCGGUGUUGUGGAGGUCAGAGAUUUCAAGAAGAGAGCCAAGGAAGUUUGCAACAAGAUGACCAAAUACCGUCCCAUCAGUCCUUUCUUAUGUAUGGACAUGACCUACAUCACCUGCCUUCUGAAAGAGGGAUUCGGUUUCAAGGACAGCACUGUUCUGCAGCUUACUAAAAAGGUGAACAAUGUUGAAACGAGUUGGGCCUUGGGGGCCACUUUCGAUUUUUUCCACAACCUGAACAUUCACUAAGGCCUGCAGACGUACGGGUGCCACCGGGCGGG